AGAACCAAAAAAGAUCAUAACGCGAUUAAAUACAAAUAAAAACUCGUAACUCUUUUUCCCAAACUAUAACGUAAAAAAAAACAAUGCAUCAUCAGAGAUUCAGAAAGCUUCCAAGUUUAUGUUUCUAAAACAUUCUUGAUGUUCAUGUCUUUGCUCGUUCUUUCAUCUUGUUUUGUUAUGGUUUUGCGAUGGAUUUGCGAAAACCCUUUAACUCUUAUAGGUCUUACAAAAAGAUCAUAAGCACCCAGAGCGCAGGCUCAAGCCUCGACGGCAACAAAGCAGACAUGGAACGUGACUCCAGCUACACGGUCUGGCAAGACAUUGGAACCGAUGAUCACACGCAAGGCCAGAAGAGCGGUAGUUUCGAUUUCCCGCAAUACCGCGAUGAGAUUACACUCGAUGUGGACGAAGAAACAGAGGAUAUCACCAACACACCAGCCUCUGGGUUAGACGCGUCGAAAGUCUCUUUCAAAAUCAAUGAUUCUUCAGGUUCGGUCCGUUCUCGUACGUAUUCCACUUCUUUUUCCUCGGCGACAAUGCGGAUGAACUUAGACCCGCAAGAUCAGGACGAAGAAGUAGUUGUGAGAUGCUCAUCGAUGAGGAAAACAGAGCUCGUCUCUAGGGCGAAAGCAAGAUCAAGGCUGAUAGAUCCUCCACAAGAAGAGGAGCAGCAGUAUUCGAGUUGGAUGGGGACAUCAGAACAGCUAAGAUCCGGUUUACUUGCGAGACAAUCAAGUCUCGAGGAAGAAGAUGAUCAUUCAUUAGCUGAGGAAGAUGUUCCUGAAGAAUAUAGAAGGACAAAGAUGGACGCUAUAACGCUGCUUCAAUGGCUGAGCUUGAUCUCCGUCGUGGUUCUGUUAGUGUUGAGUUUAGGGCUUCAUUCAUGGAGAGACACGACGCUUUGGAAGCUUCACUUGUGGAAAUGGGAAGUGGUGUUUCUUGUUCUCAUCUGCGGGAGGCUUGUCUCGGGGAUGGGAAUCCGAAUCAUCGUCUUCUUUAUCGAGAGAAACUUCCUUUUGAGAAAGAGGGUUCUUUACUUUGUCUACGGCGUGAAGACGGCUGUUCAGAACUGUCUCUGGCUAGGGCUCGUUCUCAUCGCGUGGCAUUUCUUGUUCGACAAGAAAGUAGAAAGAGAAACUCAGAGCGACGUUCUGCUUUUGGUGACCAAGAUCUUGACCUGUUUCUUGUUGAGCACCAUCUUGUGGUUGAUCAAGACGUUGGUAGUCAAAGUUCUAGCCUCUUCGUUCCACGUCAGCACUUACUUUGAUCGGAUUCAAGAAGCGCUGUUUCACCAUUACUUGAUUGAGACGUUAUCCGGACCGCCGAUGCUUGAGCUGAGCAGGAUCGAAGAAGAGGAAGAGCGAGCGCAAGAAGAGAUCUUCAAGAUGCAGAAAGGAGGUGCUGAUCUAUCGCCUGACCUUUAUUCUGCUGCGUUUCCGCCGGAAAAGAACGGGAGUGUGUCGAACAGCGUGAAGACUCCGAUCAUCCCAAAGACAGGAACUGAUAGUGGAAUCACGAUGAAUGAUUUGAAUAGGAUGAAUCAGAAGAAUGUAUCGGCUUGGAACAUGAAGAGACUGAUCAAGAUUGUGAGACAUGUCUCCUUGACGACAUUGGAUGAGCAAGCGCUUCAAAACACAUCUGAAGAUGAGUCUAUCAGACAGAUACGGAGCGAAAAAGAAGCUAAAGCGGCUGCAAGAAAGAUUUUUAAGAAUGUGGCUCAACGUGGAACAAAGCACAUUUACUUGGAGGAUUUGAUGAGGUUUCUGCGAGCAGACGAGGCGAUUAAGACAAUGAGUCUCUUCGAAGGUGCAUUAGUGACCAAAAAGAUCACCAAAUCAGCCUUGAAGAACUGGCUGGUGAAUGCUUUCAGAGAGCGAAGAGCGCUUGCACUGACACUUAACGAUACCAAAACAGCAGUGAACAAACUCCAUCACAUGAUUAAUUUUCUCACUGCAAUUGUCAUAGUAAUCAUAUGGCUAGUCCUUCUUGAGAUUGCCACUUCAAAGUCUCUUCUCUUUUUAACUUCGCAAGUUGUACUCUUAGCCUUUAUGUUUGGAAACUCUCUCAAGACCGUCUUUGAAUCAAUCAUCUUCCUUUUCAUCAUUCACCCUUAUGAUGUUGGUGAUCGGUUGGUGAUUGAUACUGUAGAGAUGGUGGUGGAGGAAAUGAACAUUCUCACAACAGUGUUCUUGAGGGCUGACAAUCUGAAGAUUGUGUAUCCGAAUAUUCUUCUAUGGCAGAAAGCAAUCCAUAAUUAUAACCGUAGCCCGGACAUGGGAGAUGAAGUGCAAUGUUGUGUCCACAUUACUACUCCACCUGAAAAGAUUGUUGCAAUCAAACAACGAAUCUCAAGCUACAUUGAUAGCAAGCCAGAGUAUUGGUACCCGAAAGCCGAUAUCAUUGUAAAGGAUGUGGAAGAUUUGAACAUUGUGAGGUUAGCAAUAUGGCCACGACAUAAGAUUAACCACCAAAACAUGGGAGAGAAAUUCACAAGAAGGGCCUUGUUGGUUGAGGAGGUGAUCAAAAUCCUGCUUGAGCUUGACAUUCAGUAUCGUUUUCACCCACUUGACAUCAAUGUCAAGACCAUGCCCACUGUUGUCUCAAGUAGAGUUCCACCUGGUUGGUCACAAAACCCUGAUAUACAGGGUAACUAGAUGAUUCUGCUUCUAUGAUUAAGUGGAUAACCAUACUAUAUGGGUUUUAAAGUAAGAGUGGUAUCUAAAAGAAAAUGAGAGACAUUAAACUAUAUUUUAGUAAUG